AUGACGAUCUGUACUUAUAACGCACGUACGCUUGCAUCGGAAGCGGUCAUCGAAGAUCUGAUGAUGCAAGCCAAGAAGAUCAAGUACGGCGUCAUCGGACUGACAGAGACGAGACGACGUCACCCUCUCAACGCCGUAUAUGAAACUGGAGAAGAACUGUUCUUAGGAACAUGCGACAGUAGAGGUGUUGGUGGAGUUGGCGUCCUCGUCAACACGAGUAUGGCAAAGAACAUCGACUCUUUUGAACAAAUUACGACCCGAAUCGGACGUCUGCGGAUGAGAAGAUGUAGCCCAACACCAGCUUUGACUAUCUUCAUCUCUUACGCUCCAACAUCAAGCUACGAAGAAGAAGAAGUCGAAGCUUUCUAUAUGGACCUGGAGAAGUUCUACCAAGAAGACUAUGCCUUCUACAAGGUCAUAAUUGGCGAUUUCAAUGCCAAGGUUGGCCCAAGAAGAACGCCGAAGGAACUUCACAUCGGGACCCACGGCCUACAAUGGAAUGACCAGGGGGAGAGGCUCUUCGAGUUCAUCAUGACGACUACGACCAUCCAUGGGAACUCGCAAUUCCAGAAGCCCUCCUCUCUACGCUGGACGUGGGAGUCACCCGGUGGAGGGUACCGUAAUGAAAUAGACCACAUCAUCGUCAAUAAAAGGUUCUGCCUGACGGAUGUCGCUGUUGUACCAAAGUUCUAUACGGGAUCGGACCAUCGUCUCCUCCGAGGAAGAUUUUCCUUCACAGAGAGAGAAGAGAAAGCCGCCAAGUUCAGAAAGCGAAAUCCCAGAACUAUUAUUAACUGUGAUCUCUUCGCUACGUUAGCCGGCUUUUGGGAAGAUUCUGCAAAGGACAACAUCGAUGAGGAAUUUGACCGGCUCGUUGAACACCUUCAAACUGCACGAAGAAGGCUGAGACGUAGAACAGCACGAGCCGCAGGGAACCAAGAACUCACGUCCGAGCUUGCAAGGCUUUGCAGAGAGGCGAUAAAGGAAGACCUUAAGCCAGAGAGAAGAGCAGAAGUGCUGGCUGAAGCUGCAGAGGCGGGGAAAAGCAUCCGCUAUGCCCGUCGAGACUUCGCCAGUCGCAAGACGAGGAUGACUGCUCUCCGGAACCAAAAGGAAACAGUCAUUGCAUCGAGAAGGGGGAUGGAGAAAAUCAUCUACGACUUCUACUCUGAUCUCUUCGACAGCCAUGUCCACUUGCCUCUUCACCAUCUGAGGGAAGAUGGACAAGUCAUUCCAGAGAUUCUCCCGUUCGAAAUACGACAUGCUAUCAUGCCGGUAAGAAAUCGUACGGCACCCGGUCCCAACAGAAUAAGACCGGAACACCUGAAGAGCCUUCCGCCAGUACUCAUCGACACUUUGGCGAGGCUCUUUACACGUUAUCUGUCGGAAUGCAAGGUUCCUAAACAGUGGAAGACCAGCAAGACCGUGUUGUUGUAUAAAAAGGGAGAUCCACAUGACAUCGGCAACUAUCGUCCAACCUGCCUACUGUCCGUCAUCUACAAGCUCAUUACGGGAGUGAUCCUUAAUAGGAUUGAAAAAGUCCUGGAUGAAGGACAGCCAUGCGAGCUAGCAGGGGUUCGAAAAGAAUUCAGCACGAUUAACCACAUUCACACUGUUUCGAAACUUAUCAAGGUAUCACGAGAGUACAAGAUGCCGCUCUGUCUCACCUUCAUCGACUUGAAGAAGGCAUUCGAGUCAUUUGAGACGGAAGCGGUCGUGGAACCCUUGGACAACCAAGGCGUCCCUACUCAGUACAGUAACUUCACCUUCAAAAGUUGUACAGUAACUUCACGACCGGAAUUUCGCCAUUCUGCAAGAACAUCAUCAUUGACGUGA